AUGACUACCAAACCUACUUUGAUCAUAUAUGGCGCUACGUCAUUCACAGCGAAACAAUUGCUCGUCUAUCUUGACACUCAUCAUGAUGGUGAUCAAUUCGAAUUCAUCUUGGCAGGUAGAAAUCAGAGUCGAUUAGCAGCUGCCAAUGCUAAAUUGAGGACAUCAAGAGAGAUCAUAGCUUGUCAAUUGGACGACGAAGAGGGAGUAACGAAUCUAGUAGCUAAAGGUGAUGUAGUCGUCAAUCUUGCAGGUCCAUUCAGAUGGCAUAACGCAGAAGCUCUGAUCAGAGAAUGUGUCAGAACUGGAAAACAUUAUGUGGAUCUUACAGGAGAAUCAUCAUGGCUUGCGACGGAUAUCAUACCUGUCUACAACGAUCUAGCUAUUGGAUCUGGAAGUUGUAUCGUACCUUCAUGUGGAUUUGAUUCUGUUCCUUCUGAUUUAACGCUUUGGCAAGCGUUGAAAACAUUACAAUCGACAUAUCCGACAUUAACAUUUGCUCAAUCAAAAUCAUUAUUCAGUUUGAAAGGAGCUUCCAUGUCGGGUGGAACUGUACAGUCAAUGUAUUCAGUAGCUGAAUUGCCUAAAGAUCAAAGGAGAUCUGGUGAAUACGAUCUCAUACCUAAAGUGGAAGGAAAAUCAAAACCAAAAUCAACAAUACCUAAAAUAUCAUACGAACUGAAAAUACCUAAUGAACCACUUAAAUUCGGUUCAUUCUUCUUCAUGUAUCCUUAUAACCGAACUAUAAUACGUAGAUCACAAUACCUUUCCACUUUAUCAUCUUCUAGAUCGAUAGCGUCGUCGACGUCAACGUCAACGUCAACCUCGAGUGAGAAUGAACCUAUACAUCAUGACGAAAAUGGUUCUGGUGCUGGUUCAAUGCAAUAUGAAGAAUCAAUGAACUUCAGAAAAGGUAAAAUCGGUUCAUCAUUAAUAACUCUAACUCUGUUUUUCGCAUUUGGUUUGUUUUAUUCUUCCAAAAUUAUUCGUAAAUUGUUUAGUUAUAUCUUACCUGCUGCAGGAACGGGGGCCUCUGAAGAGGAUUUGUUCAAGGCGUCUUAUAUCGUUGAGAACGUAUCGACAUCAACACCAUUACCUAAUGGAAAAGUAGUAAAAGUCUUAACAACGUUCAAAGCUAAAGGUGAUCCCGGAUAUCUAAGUACUUGUUAUCUCCUCGCGGAAUCAGCACUUUCUUUGGUCCUUCCUCCCCCUGAAGGAACUUCAUUCCCACCUUUAUACAAAAAAGGAGGAUUGUUAACACCUUCAACAGCCAUGGGUGGUGUCCUAGUCGAACGUUUGAUAAAAAGCGGCAAAGUUGAAAUUGAAAGCCGGAUCAUAUAUUCAGAGGAAGAUAAAAAAGAUUUAUAG